AUCGUAUAUUGUUCGAGUUCUGAUUAUUAGCGAUAACAGGGAGAUGAUGAUGUACUAUGAUUCCGACCAGGGUGACCUAGCACUCGAACGCUAUAUCAAUCCCAUGACCCUAACCAAUUCCCCUAUCCAACCCGUAUGCUAGGCUGGUUCAAAACUAGCGCACACAUCAACCAUACCGGAGCUGAUGGGCGAGACCAUACACGAAGUGCAGGUGGUUACCGAGCGGGCAUUCCUUCUAACUCGCCUUGCUUUCACGUUGCUCAAUUACAUGGGCGUAGGCUGGCGUUGGGUGACCAAAUUAUUCCAGAUGCUCACAUUUGUAGUGCUGCUUCUGCCAGCCUUCCUAGAGAUUCUCUUCUGGCUCUUGCGAGACGAUAAUGUGCUGUUAAAUGUGCGAUACGGGCCGGAGUCGAGAAAUUCGCUCGAUAUAUACAAGCCAACUGAGAAAGGGAAGGCCUUAUUGCCGAAAGAGAAGACCAAGAACGGCGUGCCGGUGAUUGUGUUCCUGUCGGGGGGUGCGUGGAUCAUCGGUUACAAGUGUUGGGGUGCGUUGAUGGGCAAAGAGUUUUCUGAGCACGGCGUGAUGUUUGUCACACCCGACUACCGCAACUUCCCACAGGGACGUAUAGUUGACAUGCUGGAGGAUGUCAAUGUGGCGAUUCGAUGGAUCUUCAAGAACAUUCACAGGUACGGAGGGGAUCCCAAUCAAAUCUUUCUCGUAGGGCAGAGUGCUGGAGCUCAUAUUGGAGCGCUCUGCUUACUCACGGAGGCGGAGCGGGAGCGGAGGCAUAAGCUGGCGAAGGAGGAGAGGUCCUUGAGCCGCACGUCUGAACCCAGCUAUACCGGUGCGGCUUAUCAGACCAAGCACAGCGAAGCCUCGGGUGUGUGGAAUGGGUAUCGCCAUGACUUCAGAGAGAAAGACGAUCGCCUGCGUUGGCGCGUGUCCAAGGUGAAGGGUUACAUUGGCAUCAGUGGUGCGUAUGAUCUGGCUGGUCUGGCCAACUAUCUGCACACUAGAGGACUGUAUCGCAGUGUGUUGUCGUCUAUACUGGCGCAUGAUAUGUCGUUCUACUCACCCGCGAGACGAGUGUUGCUGCCUCAGUUCAAUCCAGACCUGAAGUUGGCCAUCAAUUCAUUCAUCCCACCGAUCACUCUGUUCCACGGUACAGCUGACCAGAGUAUACCGUACUCAGCAACCACCGACUUCGCAUCCGCUCUGCGCACUGCCGGAAUUCAUGCGCAUGUUAAGUACUACGUGAACAAGUCACACACCGACCCUAUCAUAGAGGAUCCAAUAGGUGGAGGCUACGAUAAACUUGUUAUGGACAUAUUUUCCAUUGUCAUCAGCGGGGGUGAUCUGUGCAGAAAUAAUCCGUGUAUGCCCGAGAAAGAUUCGCCGAAAACACCGACUCGCACUGCCAAUGCGAGUUUCAAGGACUUGUCCGAGGCGGGCUCGAAGAAUGCUAUGCCAAGCACAUUGACGAGCGACCAUGAGAAGCAGAAUAUGCACCGGAUGGAGCAAGUUAUCGAAAAUCGACUCCAGACCGAUCGGCCUUCAAGCCCGUGUGCCAACGUAGACCCCACGCAGUUUGGGUUUGAGCCUACAGAGCCCAUGCUGCCGGAGUGGGUCAUAAACUACGCACGCGCUGUAAAUCCCUUCUGAUUCAGGACUGAAUCUAUACUGUUUUAUAGACGCAGAUCUGAUAUACGACACUAUAAAGAUACGUUGUACGUUCUUACGAAACAUUUAAAUGAUGUGCUUAGCGUACACCAGAUAUGUUUCAAUGCGGGGGAUUGAGCCCAUUGCACGUACUUCAUUAAUUAUCUAUGGACAGUACAAUUUUGGUUUGUGUUGUACCCAUCUAUUGAUAGCCUUAAUUUCACUCACUG